GUUGGGGAUCUUUUGCGGGAGGGACCGGAAAGGAGGUGGAUCCGUUCAAGAUGUGGCGAGGCCGCAAGCUGAGCUCCUCCGGGAAUCGGUUUUUAGGAGUGCUUAGAUCUAGUUGUUGGGGUACACAGGCUGAGGGUGCUCGCUUAACCAGGUCGGCAGAGAAUCAGUUCAGUUGGACUCCACAAAGUAAACCAUGGGUUUUCAGUGACUACAAAAUCAUGUGGUUCAAAUCCUACAGAAUGACUUUUGCCUGCUUGAAUAGAAUGAAAAUUUACAGAUACCCUUGGACAAGACUGUACAGUUCUCAAAGCACUGUAGACAGCAGUGAGAUAAAAACAUUCCUGGCCCUGGCUCACAGGUGGUGGGAUGAACAAGGAGUAUAUGCACUUCUUCAUUCGAUGAAUGACCUGAGGGUGCCAUUUAUUAGAGACAAUCUUUUAAAAACAGUUGCUCAGCACCAGCCAGGAAAACCUUUGUCUGGGAUCAAGAUUCUUGAUGUUGGCUGUGGUGGUGGAUUAUUAACUGAACCUCUAGGGCGGCUCGGAGCUUCGGUUAUUGGAAUCGAUCCUGUGGCUGAGAACAUUAAGACAGCACAGCACCAUAAAUCAUUUGAUCCAGUCCUAGAUAAGAGGAUAGAGUACAGAGCAUGUUCCCUGGAAGAGAUUGUGGAAGAGACGGCAGAAGCAUUUGAUGCUGUUGUAGCUUCUGAAGUUGUAGAACAUGUGAUUGAUCUAGAAACAUUUAUACAGUGCUGCUGUCAAGCGUUAAAACCUGGUGGUUCUUUAUUCAUUACUACAAUCAACAAAACACAGCUGUCUUAUGCCUUGGGAAUUGUCUUUUCAGAGCAAAUUACAGGUAUUGUACCAAAAGGUACUCACACAUGGGAGAAGUUUGUUUCACCUGAAAAGCUAGAGAGCAUUCUGGAAUCAAACGGUCUGUCAGUUCAAACUGUGGCAGGAAUGCUCUACAACCCCUUUUCAGGUUACUGGCAUUGGAGUGAAAAUACCAGCCUGAACUAUGCAGCUCAUGCUGUGAAGUCCACAGAACAGGAAGACCCAGUGCCUGAGUUUGUUUUCAAGGGGGAAACAGAAGAGCUCAGACAUAAAGACUCUACCAACCCAGGUGUGCAGGAAGAGCUGAAGAAGUGAAUUGUUUCUAAGGACUAUGUAUAAUAUGGCUUGAAAGUCUGAUGUUUACAUAUGUGAAAAACAUACACUUUGUCAUUUGUGAGUGGAUAGUGAAGAAAAGAAAGUCAACAAAAAGGGCUAAAACCUUGGAUAAAAGUUUUGGUUGUUUCAUCUAAUAGCCACUUUCAAGGGAUUAUUCUGUGGAUAAAAAGUUUUGGCAAGGUAUUGUGUAAUCUGGGCAUUUAAAUUCCUCAGCCUUUGUUUUAUAAAUAGGGUAUGCAUAUUUGACUUCACUUUACAGAUUAUAUAUAUUCAUCCAGUAUGUAUGCACAUACGUAUAUGCCAAAAUGUGUUUUAAUUUAAAGGAAUCUGCAUUAUCUAUGUUCUUUAUCAGGUUUUAGCUAAAGGCAGUUAUGCUUCUGACUUAUGAAAACCAAAUAUAGUUUUAUGCCACUUAUAUUUGGGAAGACAAAAUGUAUUUUUUCCUUUAAAUUUUAGUAUGUUGGAAAGCAAAUGGAUUGUUAAAUCUAUGCCGCGUUUGGAUUCAAACAUUAAAAUCAAGAAGUUUGGAUGAUGUUGGACAUA